CAGCGCGCGAGCUGGGGCGCGGCUUCCGGGAGCGCGCGCGGAGGGAGGAGCGGCCGCGUCGCCUCAGUCGGGGAGCCGCUGCGGUGGGAGUGCGGGGUCGGGCGCCCGAGCGGCUGCGGGUGGAGGAGACGGAGGCCCGGCUGCCUGGGUGAGGGCAGCCCGCUCCUUCCGCCCUGCGCCGGCUCCGGGGCGUGGCAGGGUCAGCGGAGGGCCUGCAUCCGGGGCCUGGGCGCCCCGGGCUGGAGCGGGAACUGCGGGACCUGCCGGCUUUGUUAUCCGCGGGGAAGAGAGGCAGCCCCCGCCUUCCCCCUGGCCCGCAGAUUUCCCGUCACCUGCCUUGCCCUUGCCAGCCCAGCCUCGCGUCGCUUCAGCGGCUGAAGCGACGGGGUCGAGUGCUCAAGACUCUUAAGUCUCAGUAAGGAUUGCGGCAGUGUGAGCGGGUGCCAGACCUCGCCAUGUCAGGGAAGCGGAAGCGCGUGGUGUUGACUAUUAAAGAUAAACUUGACAUAAUAAAGAAACUCGAAGAUGGAGGCUCUUCCAAGCAGUUGGCGGUGAUCUAUGGAAUUGGUGAAACAACAGUUAGGGACAUAAGAAAGAAUAAGGAAAAGAUUAUAACUUAUGCAAGCAGCUCUGAUUCCACAAGUCUUCUGGCUAAGAGAAAAUCUAUGAAGCCAUCCAUGUAUGAGGAACUAGACAGAGCAAUGUUAGAAUGGUUCAAUCAGCAGCGAGCGAAAGGGAAUCCCGUAUCUGGACCAAUUUGUGCCAAACGGGCAGAGUUCUUUUUCUACGCUCUGGGAAUGGAUGGUGAUUUUAACCCUUCUGCUGGUUGGUUAACCCGCUUCAAGCAGAGGCACAGCAUUAGAGAGAUUAAUAUUAGAAAUGAAAGAUUAAAUGGAGAGGAGACUGCUGUGGAAGAUUUUUGUAACAACUUUAGAGAUUUUAUCGAACGUGAGAAUUUGCAGCCCGAGCAGAUCUACAAUGCAGAUGAGACUGGACUCUUUUGGAAGUGCCUACCUUCCAGGACUGCAGUAGUUAAAGGUAAAUGUGCUGUCCCUGGGCACAGCUCCUUGGAAGAAAGAGUCACUGUUCUGUGUUGCACCAACGCAACAGGCUUACACAAACUUAAACUUUGUGUUGUGGGCAAAGCAAAGAAACCUCGCUCCUUCAAGGCGACUGACACCUUAAACCUGCCUGUCUCUUACUUCAGCCAGAAAGGUGCGUGGAUGGAUCUCUCCAUUUUCCGGCAAUGGUUCGAUAAGAUUUUUGUGCCUCAGGUUCGAGAGUACUUAAGAUCUAAAGGCUUGCAGGAAAAGGCCGUGCUCCUGCUGGAUAAUUCCCCAACACAUCCAAACGAAAAUGUCCUGAAGUCAGAUGAUGGCCAAAUAUUUGCAAAAUAUUUACCACCUAAUGUAGCUUCAUCGAUUCAGCCCUUGGAUCAGGGAGUCAUAGCAACCAUGAAAAGAAACUAUCGAGCAGGUCUUCUCCAGAACAAUCUGGAAGAAGGCAACGACCUGAAAUCAUUCUGGAAGAAACUGACUCUGUUGGAUGCACUUUACGAAAUAGCAAUGGCAUGGAACUUAGUAAAGCCGACUACCAUUAGCAGAGCUUGGAAACAGAUUCUUCCUGCCAUAGAAGAAAAAGAGAGCUUGGACUUUGAUGAAGAAGAUAUUUCUGAGGCUACUGUGGCCACCAUUUUACAGCAUACCAAAGGACUGGAAAAUGUGACUCCUGAAAAUAUGGAAAAGUGGCUUGAGAUUGACAGUACUGAGCCAGGUUAUGAAGUGUUAACUGACAGUGAAAUCAUCAGACGAGCCCAGGGUCAGACAGAUGAAUCCAGUGAAAACGAUGAGGAAGGGAUUGAACUGAUUCCAGAGAAACAUAUAAAUCAUGCAGAUGCUCUCCAGUGGACUGAGAACUUACUAGAUUAUCUAGAACAACAAGGUGACAUGAUUCUACCUGACAGACUGGUAAUACGUAAACUUAGAGCCACCAUCAGAAAUAAACAGAAGAUGACAAACUCAAGUCAAUAGCAGCAUUUGAAUUUUAUCAUUGUUGUAAUAAUUGUAUUUGUGUGGCACUUUGAAAUGUGGCUUAAUUUUCUUCAUGUCAAACAAUCCUAUAAUAUACAUACAAAAAUGUAACUGAAGUGGUUUGAGGAUUGUGUCUUAUUUGUAAAAACAACCACUUCUGUGUAGGUAUAAAUGGUAUAUUCAUAUUUGCUUCUGUAAGUCAGUGAUCUAAGGGUGGCAUUUCCUACAAGUUCUAGCUUUAAAAGAUAGAUAACAGUGAGCACUUUCCCUAAUUCUUUUGCUUGAAUUGAGGGCUGCAAUAGAAAUCUUUUCUUGUACUAACCAUCUUAAGUGGUUAUCUGGCUUUUGUAUUUACAUAGGUUGAUAAUUGCUAGAUUUCAGGAUGAUAUGUAAUGAUUUAAAAAUGAAGUUCAAUAAUGAUGGUGGAAAUAAUCUGAAUUAUAAAAAUAACUUAGAGUCAUAUUUCUGUUUUUUUAUGUUUUUGUUGAUGGAAAAGAUAAUCCUGGAAAUGAGUUAUAUGUAAGAAGUAAUUGAGAGAAACUGGGAAGGUGGCUUAUAAGAGAAAUUUUCAUCUCUUCAUUUGGAGGAAACUAGGUGUUAAAAUUUUGGGGAACUAGAUUUAUUUAUACAAAGAAAAAUUUUUUUAUUUUGAGUUGGAUGACAGUAUAGAAUUAUUUAUUUACCUAAUUUUUCAUAAGUGUUUUUAAUUAUUACAUGUAAUAAUAUGAACUACCAUAAAUAUUUGGGAAACAUCUGAAAUCUGAAAUUUAAUUUUUUUUACUGAAUAUUUAGAAAUAUCUAUAACUUGAAAAUUUUGUCAUAGUUGGCUGAUUUUAUUCA